AUGCGCGCCGACGAGGAGGACCCGAACGGCCCCGAGGCGGGCACGAGAUUCCUGGCGGAGAACCGCAAAAAAAAGGACGUCAUCGCGUGCUCGUCGGGGCUCCAGUACCGCGUCAUCAAAGAGGGCGACGGCUUGGUGCGCCCCGGCCUCGACACGAAGUGCGCGUGCCAUUACGUCGGCGCGCUCCUCGACGGCACGCAGUUCGACUCCUCCUACGAGAAGGGGCGGCCGUCGACGUUCCGGCCCGACCAGGUCAUCAAGGGCUGGACCGAGGCGAUGACGCUGAUGGCGACCGCCGGCGUCGCCGGCGACAAGUACGAGCUCUUCGUGCCGUACAACCUCGCCUACGGCGCCAAAGGCAUGCCCGACCGCGGCAUCCCGCCCAAGGCGACACUCAUUUUCACCAUGGAGCUCGUGAAGGUCAUCGACGACCGGGGCGGCUGCUGCGUCGUCGCGUAG